GUCACGUGACGACAGAAGCGUUCAAUACCUCGUGGUGUACUGGAGAUAUUUAACAGAACCCUUCUUGUUAAUAACUUCAGAACCACUACUCUUUUUCGAUGCUUAAAACAAAUACUAUAUUCAAACAAUAGACGGAUAUUGAUGUUUGUUCAAUUUUAUUUGAAGGAGCUAGUUCCUAUCGCCGUACCAGAGAUCAGUGCGCCAUACAGGCUCGGUAUCUGUUUCCGUUUUGUUUAGGUGUUCUUCCUGGUUUAUGCCCGCUCGAGUAAUUGUAUCGCGUUAGAAGUACAAGUUUUGGAGCAAGUGUUUUUAGACGUAGAAUAGCCGCGUGGGCACCUGUUAUAAUAUUAAUUGUAAAACAUAGCACCUACUAAUUUUUAGACGUUUCUUGAGUCAUUUCGUAAGUUUGUGUGAUGCAAAAUUUACUGUGAAUCAGCGAGUGCGUGCAGUCCAAAAUGCCCGACUGCUGUGCCGCAGCGAAUUGUAAUCAGUGCACAGACCAAUCCAACAUUGCGUUCUUUAGGUUUCCAUUGGACCCAGAGCGAUGUAAGCAAUGGUUGGAUAACUGCCGCAGGCCUGAUCUUGAGAAGAAAACCCCUGAACAGUUGCAUAGGCUUUAUAAACUCUGUGCAAAUCACUUUGAACCCUCCCUGAUAUGCAGGCAUAGCGCUUUAAGAACAGUUCUAAAGGAUGGAGCUGUUCCAACAAUAUUUGACUUCACAAGUCACUUGAACAAUCCACAGAGUCGCAACAGGAAACGUGUCCGAGAAUCUACUGCGGAGGAGCUUGAAGCUGCAAAGAAAACUAAAGAUGAGAGCCCCCCAGCUGUGGCAGAGGAGGAGAUGGGAGAAAACUUGGAACCACAAGUCAAAGAAGAUACCUCCAUCUCCAAAGCCAAGGAAACCCUCAAACUGUACUUCAAGGAAACCCUUGCCGUCACUGGGUUCAGCAUCAGCAGCAGUACUAAUCCCAAUGCCAUUGAGCCCAUGGGUAGCCAUGGAGGACUAUCUCGAUUCAGCCCUGUAUGCGCAGAAAAAAUUGACCAGAAAGAGAUGCUCCAGUUUUGUGAGGACCUCAUGGGGGAAGAGAUGCGUAAUAGCCUACGGUCUGCCCGCUUCUUCUCUAUCCUACUGCAGGAUUUGGUGAACAUCGAGGGAAAGGAGCAAAUACCGGUGUUCAUCAGGUCGGUCACCGUAGCUGGAUUCCCUCAAAAGCACCUAAUGGGGUUCCUUCCGUGCGAUGUAGACGCAGAUACUUUGGUUUUCAUGCUCCUCUCAGCAAUACGAAACAAGUGGGGACUGCGUAUGGAGCACUGCAGGGGGCUGACCUACCUGACCACUGGGAGCAUCUGCCAGAAGAUGAAGGACUUGUCCAGCAGGAUACUGCGGGAAUUCCCACAGGUGGUGUUGGCGCCAAGUGACCCCUACGCCUUUAACAUGUGGCUGAUCCGCUGCAUGCCUAUCCUCUCCAUCCAGAAGGUAGUUAACACUGUGGAAGAAGUCGCAACCCUGCUGAGAUCGUCUUCGACUCUUUGGGGGAAGGUAGAGGCAAAGAUCACCUCCCUGUAUGGGCACAUGAAAGGGGAGGUGGACAGGAUCAAGGAUGCUUGCCAGAACCACUGGGAGUAUGGCAUAGAUGCCUUCCAGACAAUGUUAGAUAUUUUAGAGCCACUGCUUUGCUGCAUUAAUGAGAUAAAUGCAAAUGACAUGGACAUUGUAGAGCAGGUAGCCAGGUUGCGUCCAGUACUGAUGGAUUUCAGUUUCAUCAUCACACUUGUUGUUUUAAAGAACACAUUGUGUUGCGUCAGCAUCCUCAACCCUAGUCUCAAAGGAACGAUUAGCAUCAGUAGUACUUUGCAGUACACCAUCUCAAAUGCCUUAAAGUUGCUUAAUAAACAGCUGCAAGAGAUCGCCAUAUUCCACAGAAGAUGGUUCUCUGACGCUGUAUGUAAGGCAAAGAAGCUGGGAGUGGGAAUCACUCUGCCAGAGACUUCUGAAGGUAAAAGCAAAGAGGAAACUGCCCAGUGCUCUCCAGAAGACUUUUACAGAGAGAUGCUGAGCACUCAAAUUCUGCAGUACCUUAUCGAGGAAGUAAAGAAAGUGUUCAGCACAGAGAUGGUGCGAAUCCUCCGAUGGCUGUCUCUGGUACCUUCUUACAUGGCAGACCACAAUUUCAGCAUACGCAGGGACAAGGUGGCGGAUGCCAACUUGAACAAUCUGGCCAGACCAGACUCUUUCUAUGAUGAGCUCGGCUGCUGGGAGGUCAAGUGGAAGCAUGCCAGCAAGCGCAGGAUUCUACCUACCACGGUCUUUGGGACUUUGAAGAUCCCCGAUAUUGGAUUCUACCCAAAUGUUCAGAGCCUGCUGAAAGUCCUUGGUACCAUCCCCUGUGUAAAUGCUGAGGCUGAUGUGUAUGGACAGUAUGAUAUGGUUUUAGACCGGUACCAUUCCUACCUGAGAGCUACGCCAGAAGACCAGAGACUCUGCAACAUGGCAUUCGUAUUUGUCAAUCAAGAUGUGCACUUCAGUGUUGAUGACAUGGUUGAAUCCUUCAUCCAGAAGCAUCCUGACAUACUGCAGUUAUUGCUUAUGGAGGAUAAUCUCAACAAAGCACAGCUUGCAGCAUCUGAAGGUGCUGAAAACUAUUUAAAGGAGGAGAUUGAGGACACGAAAAUAAUGACUUUUGAGGUGGAGGAAGAGAAAACGGUUCGGGAUCACUUGAAGUGCGCAGAGCCAGACAAGGAAUCUCUGAAAGCGGCUCUGCAGGCUGCCCUGACAGUGGCCUGCAGAAGUCAAAACAACCAGCCUGUGGAGGCCGGUGUACAAGGAGGAGAGAUGGAGUAUGUCACUAGAUCAGAGAUGAAGGAGGUCCUCUCAGUUUGUGAGGAUGUUGUGAGACAGGGAAUCCUUUCUGAGGUUGGAAACUCUUUUUUCUCGCUCUUCAUUGAUCGUGUGGUCACUCUCGGGGACAAGGACCACCUUCCCCUCUUCCUCAGGUUUGUGGACAGCUUUGAUGUUAUGAGGCUUGAGCUGAUGGGCUUCAUAGAAGCUGAUUUGGAUUGUGAUGCUAUGUCUGAGCGUCUUCACCACAUUAUCACCGAGGAGUGGAACCUGGACUUGAACUACUGCAGAGGCCAGGCCUACCUUGGGUCUGGUGAUGUCUCAUACAAGCUGAAGGCAUUUGCAUGCAAAAUUCAGGAAAAGUACCCCCUUGCGAUCUGCACGCACAGCUCUUGCUAUUCCUUUAAUACAUGGUGGUCCAAAUCGAUACCUGUACCAGCGAUCACAAGAGCACUGGACACUAUGGGUGAGGUUUUGCUUUUUUUCAGCAGUGAUCCUGCUUUGGAAAAACAGUUGGAUCUGGUAAUAGCAGAGGGCCUGAGGGAAAGUUAUGAAAAAGUUCAGGAGCUGCAAGGGAAAUUCUGUUCAGUCUGGCUUGAAAAACAUGACUCUUAUGAGGUUUUUGUGCAGAUGUUGGAACCUUUAGUUGUGUGUUUGGACAAAAUCAAGAACAGCAAGCCACAGCGCUGGAAAGCCAAUAUCCCUGAACAGGCAGACAGGUUAUUGGGCUUAAUAAGGGACUUUGAUUUCAUUGUGCCUAUGGUUGCCCUGAAAAAUGCCUCCUGUUUCACAAGAGAGCUCAGCGCUGGCCUCCAGAAGGACCACUUCAGUGCAGCAUCUCAGCUCUGCCAGAUCAGCGGAAUUGUGGCCACCCUGAACAGGGUGAAAACCAAUAUCAAGGUUUUCCAUCAGAACUGGUUUGAUGAAGCUUGUGCAUUGGCACAAAACCUAAGCGUGCAAAUCAAAGUGCCUGAAAAUGCUCCCAUUCCCAGGGAUGGCAUGUUGAAACCAGCAAUUUACUACAAAGAUGCACUGAGCGUUCCACUUGUGGACAGCCUCAUCAAUGCUGUGAAGGAUCAUUUCUCUGAUGAUCACAAGGAAGCCCUGAACUUCCUCUCUCUGGUCCCCUGUUCUGUGACUGUGAGUUAUAUGUUCGAGAUUCUCAAAUCGAAGCCCCCUCUCUACAGCAGUGAUCUUCCAGACCCUGACAACUUCUUCACUGAACUGUGCUGCUGGAGGGUAAAGUGGAAGACUAAAGUGGUGACCGUAACCAUACCGGACACCAUUUUUCAGACUCUCCGCCUUCCACUCAUGCAGUACUUCGGAAACAUCAACACCUUGCUGAGGAUAAUGUGUGUGCUGCCUAGCACGGCCCUGGAGCAAUGUGGAGAAACCAUGCGUCACAAGCUGUUUCAGGACUACUUGAGGGAAACUCUGAGUAAGGAGAGGUCUUCGUGCUUAGCUAUGCUGAAAGUGGGAAUCAACUUCACCCGAGAUUUGGACAGGAUGGUUGCCCAGUGUUUGAAGGUUACCCCAAAGGCACUAGAGGGCCUGUGCUUGGAUAAGGAAUCCAAAAGUUUGGUGAAGCAUGCCGAAACACAUAUGGAGGGGGAAUAUCUCAAAGAAGGACUAGAGGAUUCUGAAAUGGAGCAUUCCACUGAAGAAAAGAAAGACCCGCUGCUGAACACUGUGGAUGCGAAUGGACAUUCUGGAGAUAACCAGCACAGUCUUGAAGUUGUAUUCAAACAGGCUGCUCUGCUGGCGAGGAAGAACUGUUUAUUUUCAGAACUUUCCAAGGAAGACCAAGAUCUACUUGUGCAGGAUCUUGGCAUGUGCCACUGGGCAGAAAGAGAUGACCACUGUUCAUCUGGCAUUGAAGAGAAGGACAUUCUGGAUGGUCUUGUGAAAUCUAUCAGGCAUGCAAUACUCUCUGAAGCUCAGGAAUCUCCUUUCUUUUCUCUCAUUACUGACAAAGUUGUAACUGUUGCUGAUAAGAAGUAUCUGCCCACCUUCAUACGAUAUGUAGCCAGUUGUGUACCGAAGGUAGAACUUCUUGGUUUCCUACCAUUUGAUGACGGGUGUGAUAGUGAUGCACAGUCGAAAAGCUUUGAGGCAGUCCUUACAGAAGACUGGGGACUACAGAUGAACUUUUGCCGUGGACAGGCGUACAUGCGGGUGGGCACAGAGGGCCUGUGCCUGAAGAGCAUGUCCUUGAAUAUCUUGGAAAGGUAUCCCCAGGCAGUGAUCACACCCAGUGAGUCCUGCGGGCUUGCCUAUUGGCUAGUGGCAAGUCUACCUUGCGCUCCUGUUACCAGAGUGCUGGAAAUAGUGGAGGAUCUUGUGAUUUUUUUCGACCAGUCCCCAAGGUUGGAGGGGGAGCUGGCUCAGGCCGUGGACGUACUACUGAACACACCCAGGGAGGCCUUGGCAGAAAUUCCAGAGACCUGUUGUUCCAGAUGGAAGAAGAGAGAAGACUUUUUUGACAUUUUGGUCGACACACUGGAGGGAGUGCUGAGCUGCUUGGACUCAGUGAGCAGCAAUGCCAGUGGCGUCUGGAACAGCACCAUGUCAUUGCACGCAGGCAUACUCUCCCAGGCAGUGAGGGAGGCAGACUUUGUGGUCGCAUUGGUGAUUUUGAAGAAUGUCUGCGCCCCCCUCCGAAACUGCAGCACCGUUUUCCGAUGUGGAAAUCCUGCUGACAUCAUCUGCGAGGUGGAUAAGAUGACACCAAUCAUAGAGUCUCUAAGUAAUGUCCUUGAGAACAUAAAUAUGGUCCAUUCUCCAUGGUUUGAGGAAGCCACUCAGCUAGCCACUAAGGUAGCCUCUGGACAGGUCUGUUUUCCUGAGAAGUCAAGCAGCUAUGAGUCACCUGAAGCAUAUUACAGGGAGACCCUGAGUAAGCCUGUCUUGAGCUUGCUGAUGGAGGAAUUGAAGCACAACUUUUCUGAACGUCAUUUGAACGCUCUGAAGGUGUUGUCUCUGCUCCCAACGUGUAAUACACAGGCUGUUGACUCUGAAUUCACUGAGAAGCUGCUUAGUGUCUAUCAGACUGACCUCCCAGAACCGGACUCGGCUGAACAGGAUAUCUGCAAUUGGGCAAGUUUUUGGAAAGAGAAAUGUCAAGAGGUUUCUCCGCCAGCUUCCAUUUCUGAGACUCUGCUCCAUCCAAAAUCACAAGACCACUCUACCGUGAGCACUCUGCUGAAGAUAGCAGCUGUACUGCCGAGUGUCAGCAUGGAAUGUGAUCUCAUGAAAACAACUCUGAACUCAAUGAGGGAUUUCCUGAAAAGCUGUGUAUGUAAGAAUAACAAAAUGGACAUUGUCAUGGUCCAUAUGCAUCACACAGCAAUUCAAGCUUUGGAGGAUGUGCUCGACAAGUGCAUUGAUGUGGAUCCAGACAGAAGCACAUUUCUUCAUCAGGUACAACGGACAGUUGAAAUCCUGAAGCUGGAAAGUGAAGCGGAAAAUGAAAUUGUACAUGAAAACAGUUCUGCAGUUUCUCAAGAGCUCAGUGGGAUGCAGUCAGCCUUGAUUAACACGGUAGAAGAACUGCAAACGGGCAAGCAGAAAUCUGGUGAAAGUGGUCACAGUGUAAUGUCGUUCUACAGUCCCUCUGUAAGAGAGGAAAUUCUCAAGGAAUUAUGGGAUUCGCAGUUCUUUUCAGUCAUCACUGAGCAGGUGACUGACAUUGAGGGUGAACGUUACAUCCCUGUCACUGUGAGGUACCUGGACAAGCAGGACACUCAGUGCGAGGAAUCUGUGGCUCUCGUCCCCUACUGUGAGGACCCCACAGCCUUUGCGGACACCAUAGAGACUGUGCUGUCAGAGAAAUGGGGACUUAACAUGGAGUUCUGUAGAGGACAGUCUGUGCUUAGCACGGGGAGUGUUGGCUCUCACAUGAGAGCUGUGUCUGCCAUCAUUUCACAGAAGUACUCAUUGGCCACACGCACCAUUAGUUCUUCUCUGUCUCUCAAUAUGUGGCUCGCCAAGUCCUCUCCUGUGCCUGGCAUAACUCACAGUGUGGCCACCAUGGAAAAGAUGUUGUUAUGGUUUGCCAACAAUGUGGAGUUGUGGGCCAUGUUGGAAGACAAGAUCACCUUGAUGUUCCCGCAAGAUGAUAGCAAGGGGAUUGAGCUGAAGGACAGGCUGACAAGCGACUGGGGCAAGAGUCACGACAUGUUUGAGGUCAUAGCAGAGCUCCUUGAAGCGGUCACUCUCACCCUCUAUGAGAUUGCAAGAAGGCAAACAAGUGACUCUCACCAGAACCAGGCCAGGGUCUUUUCCAGUGCUGUCAGUGAUUUUGAGUUUGUCUUCUCAGUCAUAGCACUGAAGAACAUUACGGGCCUUACCAAAAACCUCAGCCAGAGCCUACAGGGCAAGCCCCUGGAUACGUUCUCAUCUGUGAACUGCUUGCCUGCCAUUCUGGCUUCCUUAAACGAGGUGAAGAGUAACCUUACUGUCCACCAUGAUGCCUGGUUCAGGGAGGCUAGGUCUCUGGCUGCAAAGCUGCAGAUCAGGCUGCUGCAACCAGCGCUGGAAGAGCUACUCAGUAACCAUUACAGCAGUACUGUGAGUGUAAAAGCUGUGGAGCACUCUAUCACCGAGGUCACUGAACUCUUCUCGGACCACACCCUCAGUGCCAUGAGAUGUCUGACGAUUGUGCCUUACGUCCUGUCAAAAAUGGAGCCUAGUUGCAUGGAGCACAUUGUGUCCUGCAUUUACAGAGAUGAUCUUCCUGAUACUGGUUCGCUAGCAUGUGAGCUCAAGUCCUGGAACAGCAAGUGGAAAGAUCCUAUUGCUGGCUACCUGCCCGCAACCGUGCUGGACACGCUGAAGGUGUUUGACAUACGGUGUUUUUGUAAUAUUGAGACGCUCCUUCGGGUCUUGGUGAUCUUGCCAUUCUCAAGGCAGGAGAGUACUUUCCAGCAAGGGAAAAAAAGCCUUCAAGCAUUCAUGCAACAGGAGAAGAGGUCCUUCACUGAGCUGCAUUCUCUUUAGAGUUUAAUUCAUCACCAUGUCGGCUUACACGUCUAAGAAAUAGGAUUGCAUUCAUUUGUAAUAUAGCGCUGACCGACUGACUCGAAACUUUCCUUGACUAGAUCUAAAUUUAACUUUAGUUUUCAGUACAUUUUUUUUAACAGAAAGGAAAGAAUUUACCUCCUCUUGUAUGAUGAGUAUAACCUAUUAUUUUAUUUUGCUGUAUUCCUUGCUUUUAUUUUGUUUUACAUUUAUAGUUGUAUGAAGAGAGGACUGCCUGGUGGGACCAAUGCAUUGCCAAAAAUUGCCCUUGGUGGGCUUCUAAAGUUUGUGUGCCUUAAAGGUCGUUGUGCAAAUUCACGUCAGCCCUGAACUUUUGGAUUGAAGUGUGUAAAGUCAGAGGCAGUCCCUGAGGCAGCGUCUGAAAGUUCCUCAGCAUUCAUUUGAAUUGAGAAUCCAUAUUGAGAAGUUAUGUGUGUCUUUAUUCCUGAAGUUAGACAUUGAAUUAAAAAAGCUGAAAUAAUGUGCAUCAGAAACUGUCAAUGAGAAGGAAGCUAGCUUUCACACGUGUCAGUAAAAUUGCGCGCCGGCAAAAAGGCUUGUCAGCGUUGUUUCAUACUGUAGAAUUGUCUCCUAAGGCACAAAUUGAAAUGUUUUGUUAUAUCAUGUAGGUGUUUUACUAUUCACAUGAUUUCUUAGUUUUGUUUAUUUAGGGGGAAUAGAAUUUGUGUAAACACUUCUCUGAAUACCCCUUUAAGAAGUAAGCAUUCAUAUAUAUUUGUCAAAUAAAAUUAAAUGAAAUAAAUUCA